AUGCCUGGCAUACCGUUAAUGAAAAGGACUAUUCUGCGUGUAAGAGAACAUGAAAACGCAGCACCAGGUAUACCGCAAUCAUUAUAUGAUCUUGUUAUACCAGAAGAUUAUAAAAAAACAUCAGAUGGUAAGUCAUUCUUACUAUAUGAUUCUUUCGAUCAUGACCCGGAUAACUGCGAUAGAUUUCUAUUAUUUUCCACGGAAGAAAAUUUGCAGAAAAUGUCCGAAUGCGAUCAUUGGUAUGCAGAUGGCACAUUUUCAUGUGCCCCAUCUAUUUUUAAACAAUUAUAUUCUAUUCAUGGAAUACAAUCUUCAAACGUCUUACCUUCGGUUUAUGCACUCUUACCAAAUAACAAAAAGAAAACAUAUAUUCGUUUGUUGCAAAGCCUAAAAACAUUAAACUGCAACUUAAAACCAAAAACGGUCAUGUUAGAUUUUGAAAUUGGUGCAAUGACUGCUUUCCAAAAAGAAUUCAGUGCAGGUGACAAAGGUUGUCGCACAGGUUGUGUAUAUAUUGUAAGAUAUACAGGCAUAUCAAAAAUAACCCGGAGGUUUUCUAUGAGGUGUUCAAUGAAAUGUACUGGAGUCUGGAGAAUUAUACACCGAUCUCAAUAUAGUAAACCCAGAAGUAAAAACAGGACAUAUAGUCCUUUGAAAGACGACGACAGUGUAAAGAUAGAAAAAGCUUUGUGUGCGACGAAGGAACGAUCGAAAACUGGUUUAUCUAAGCCACUUGAUGUUUAUGUGGCGGAAAUUUCUAAGUUGGACGGUAACACUAGAGCGAUGAUGCCAGUGGAAGACCACGUUAAAAGAACAUUAGGAAAUCAACGUUCUGCAUUAAAUCCAGUUGAACCAACUAGCCUUGAUAAUUUGACGCGACAUAACUGUUGCGAAUUUUGGACAAACCCCCAAAGGGAGGUGGGACUUGUUGCGCACGCUGAAACGAGAGGAGAAAACACAGAAUAUUACCCUCUCGGACUGAUCCACCCUGAACGGAUGCGUAGUGUUCGUAACAACGUAGCACGACGUACCUAUAUAUAUAAACGGAAAAGUAGAUUUCACUCUGUACAGUAUCUCCGUUUGUACCAAACUGGUCGCGCUCUGUGGCACAGAGACCAAAUGUAUUGGAACGCAGUGCUUCUAAUGGCCUGGUCUUUGGCCACGGUCUCGGCCAUUUUGGAUUCCACCAGGAGCCAACGUUACUGGGAUGACACGAAACCCGACGAAGCCGGUCGCUAUCCAAACGAUAACAUGCUGAAGACAUAUAUGAUCAGAGGAGGAGGAGGAGGAAAUAAACAUUUCGUUACUUCCGUAUUUCCGGAAAUGGAUGCCAGAGGAUUUCAUGAAUAUGUUUUCGAUGGACUACAGCCGGAUUUUCAGUGGCCGUCAAUUAAGUUUAAAAGGAACUAUUAUCCGCAAGGAAUUACGUCUCGAGGGUUCAGCGAUGAUAUUUUUCACCAAAGCUUUGGAAUGUUCGAGCCAUUAAAAAGGUCAGUGUCCAGAACGUCUCCGUCCGUGGCAAACAUGUUGCGGCGCCUGUACCCGAACACCGGCGGCAUCAGACUGCGCCAACCAGAUGAGCACGCCCCGGGAUCGACCGCGGGCAAGCGCCGGCCCGAGAUGGACGCCAACGGGUUCCACGGCGACUCGUUCACCGGCGGUUUCGACCGGUUCGACACGAUGAAGCGCAGGCCCGAAAUGGACGAGACCGGUUUCGAAGGCGAAUCGUUCACCGGUUUCGGCGGGUUCGAGACCAUGAAGAGGAACGACGGCAAGAACCCGGCCCGCCCCGCGUCGUCCGCCCACGCCGGUCGGAUGUCCGGCGCGCGACAGGAGUAGCGGCGGCGGCGACAUUACACCCUACCGUCACUACCCCCACCGUCAUCCACAGCAGGAGUACACUCUUCGUCAUUGCAGUCGCCAUCGCCUCCGCCGUCGUCGUUGUCGACGUUUUUUAAUAUAUUAUCAUAAUAUAAUACAAAUACGAAAAUAUAAUAUACGUAUUUAUAGCCAGUAGAAAUUGGAUUCAUAUAUUAUUAUUAUUAUUAUUAUUAUUAUAUAUUAUUAUAAUAUAGAGAGAGACUUAUAUUACCGUAGGCGGAAAUCGUGUGCACGUCUGUUGCAGCUAUAAUACGAGAGUGGCUAACAUUUUAAAAUAUCCUAACAGACUAUUUUCUAGAAACAAUAAACAAUGUUACGACUUCAUAGCAUAUAAUAUUUAAAAAAAAAAAAAAUAGUUAAGUUUUAUUUUUAAUAGGUAGGUACUCGAUAUUUUAUAUUAUGUAGGUAUAUAUGUACUGUUCAUUCUCCCUCUUAUAAUAUAUAAUGUUAUCUGUCGAUAAAUACUUAGUUUAGUAACCUACGUUUCUGUCUAAGGACAACAUUCCUAAAAGAAAACAUUUUUAAAUAAAAAUGUCAAUCUUCGGGGGCUUUGCUAGCUUUGGGGAUAUUAUCUAAAUUCACCCUCCCAGCACGAUUUCCGCCAAUGCUUAUUACUUUCAUUAUCAUUAAUAUUAUUAUUGCAAUUGAUUGAAACGAUGGACGAUCGGUGUGAUACACGUGCGAUGUUAUACCUAUUAUAAUAUUUUACACAUAGUCACAUAGAUGUGUAUGAUGUGUCGAUAUAAACUACAAUAUUAUAAACUAAUUUUUGUUCUAAAUUAUAUAAUCUGAAAUAAAUGAGAUAUGUAAACAUUAA